CCUCCCCUGUCUCCCUUGGCGCCGAUAAAGGGGACCGAUACUGACCGAUAACUGACCAGCGUCUCGUGCGUUGAGGUUAGAGCGAGCGACUCAGGUCGGCGCCGUUGCGGCGUAAUAUUGCGCCUCGGGGAAAGUCAGUGGAUCAGUUUCGUCUUCCAUCACUUUCAUUUAUCGGAAAGAAAUGGCGAGAAUGCCUGGAAUCUGAUCUGCAGACGAGAUCGGAGUAAGUCGUGUCUAGUCACACACGAGGUUCAGGCUAGAUUUAAUGUCAACGUAACGCUCGUGGACAAUGGACGGAGAGGAUUCCGUGGACGUGGACGUGGACGUGGACGUGGACGUGGACGUGGACCCACGGGAGCUACAGGAGACCCUCCAGACGUACAGGAAGCUCGCAGACGAUUUCGCGAACCACGACACGAUUCUCAAGGACAAAACGGUCUUAUCGUACAUAGCGUAUGUUUUGGAAGUACCUGACUUAGAUGUGGUUACCUUAGCUCUAGACAUCCUGGAGAUAUUUGUAAAGAAUGUAGAUAAUUAUAUACAUAUAACAUCUACAUUCGGCAUACGUGAAUCCUUAGAGGCGAUUAUCAAUAAAUACAGCUUGAGCGAACCAAAGAUAGCCAGUCAUGCACAGCACAUCAAAAAUGAUAUAGAACGCAUGAAACCACCUAUAUAUAACUUACGCAGUCGUUGCAGACGAGUUAUAGAGCCUAAAAAGUUGAAGACGCAUGUAAUAGUUUUACAUGUUCAAGGUUUAUUACCAGAAACUCGCGCCGAGUUGGAACGGAUAUUAAUAAGAAUUGAUGGUCUCGUUUCGCUUGUUGUCGAUGUAGAGCAUCAGCGUGUAACUAUGCGCACCUUGAAUUACGUUACUGCGAAACAGAUCGCGGAAGCGAUUGAUAAAAAUACAGAUAACAUGGAAGCGAGAUUGGUUACAAGAAAUAAACUUAAUCAAGAGUUUCUCGUGAAAUUGAUACAAACAGGCGAUAGCGACGGUGAAGAAAUGCCUGAUUAUUUGCCCGAGGAGGAGGAAGAAGAUGACAAGGAGGGAGUUGUGUCACUAUUCACUGGUUUAAAACAAAGCGCUUCAUCUCUAUAUAAAUCUACCGCAGAAUUUUUAAGUAAUUCAUUCUAUUGGUAGAAUUUUUAACUGUAACGGAGAUUGUUGUGAUUGUUGUAAUUACAAUUUUAUUUAUUCAAAAUCACAAUUGUUUGUUUGUCUCUUCGAAGAAGGGUUAGAAACAAUCCGUGUGUAUAAAUAGAAUAUAUAAUCUCAAUAGAUAUAUAUCAAAGAGAAAGACUUAUUAAGACAUAAAUAAAUUUUUUAAUUUUUUAAGUAGCAAUGAUCGAUCAGUUCUGAUUGUUUAAGAAUCUCACACUCAUAAUUGACAAUAGUCAAAGAGAGUAACAGAGAAUUGAUUUUUAAAAUUUAUUAUGAGUAACACUUUUUGUAUUGACACUCUUUGUGUCUCGAUAGAAAAUUAACAUGUACAAAUAGAUCUCCAAGUUUUUACGUCUAUAUUUGUAAAGAAGAGUAUGUACGUUUUACAUAUACAAAAUUAGCUUUCUUAUUUUUCAUAUUUUAACAUGCAUGCUUUAUCCUAAUCUAAUGUGUGUGCAUAAAACAGUUAUGUAUACACAUGCAGAUCCUGUUUAUUACGAUCUCAAAUUUCUAAACAAAUUCUAAUAUGUACAUAAGCAAAUUCCAAUAUGUGCUACAUACCGCACUAGAAAUCUAAUUACCAAUCUUAUACAAACGAGACAUUUUAUUGUAAAAGCUUGUAACGUAAAAAAUGUCAUUAGAUAUAGAUAUUAUAUAUGCGAUAUGACGACAUUUAAGCUUUUGCAAUCAAAUAAAAAUAAAAUAUUCUAAUAAUUUAAUUUUAUCUUUUCUUACCGCUUAAUAAGUUCGUUACAUUGAUUGAGAAAUUGGGUAAGGAAUUAAAUUAUAAAAUGUCAUGUAAAUCAACUUUAUUUUAUGUAUAACACAAAUUUUGUGUACUGCUUCUAUUAUUAUAUAAUAAUAGAACUAGUCAGUUUUUUAGCUGCCACUGCACAAAAAGGAACAAUUUAUGCAUCUACUCGCAUAAGUAUGAUGGAUACAAUACGUAUGAUUACUACAAAGUACAUCUUUCUCUCUAUUUAUAAUAUGCCUCGUAAAUUAUCUCGUUCAGAUGAGCACAUCAAAAUUGUUACUCUAUCUUAAUUUUUACGCUUAUCCGCUAAGUUCCCGUUGUAUUGUCUAUAUUUACAGAUACAGAUGUAUAUAAUUGUCAUUAAGGCAAUUUGAGUUUCAAAGCAGGUACAAUAGAUGGAUGCAAAACAUCAUUUCUUUCCUGUAAUUGAGUAAACGAAAUAGUUCGUAGACAUGUGUGUGAAAAAAAUAGAGAGAUAGAACUUAUGAUAAUUAUUAGUACCGGUAGUUCGUGGAAUGAGUAUGAGGCUCGCGUGCAGCCCAGUGCUAUUAUAGAGCUUCGUUUUGAAACUCGAGUAGCCUGCAUCACGUUUGACUAUUUCACGCAAUACAACUCACUUCUUAAACUAUAUAUGUAUAUAUAAAUGCUUAGGCUGAAAUCAAUAAGUACAUAGUCACUAUAAGCUUACGCUCUUUGACUCUUGUUGGCUGUGAAGUAAAAAAAAUUAAGUUUCUUA